AUGGAUGAUUUUACAAAUGCUACAUAUUUAUCUUUGGAUGGGCAUGUGGAGCUGGAGAAAUAUAGAUAUGUUUACUUUGUAAUUACUCUCAUAGUUUUCAUACUAAUAAUUUGCAGUAAUUCUGUUGUCAUUUCUGUAAUUUACACAAACGAACGUCUCCAUGAGCCGAUGUACAUCUUUAUUGCUGCUUUACUUUGCAAUGCUCUCUUUGGAACGACUGGCCUUUUCCCUAAAUUACUGAGUGAUGUUCUGUCUGAGAAACAGGUUAUUUCUUAUGGCGCCUGUCUGUUUCAGGCCUUUUGGAUUUACAUUUAUGCUGGUACAGAGUUCACACUGUUAUCAGCUAUGGCCUAUGACAGAUAUGUUUCCAUAUGUAAACCAUUACAAUAUGCAACUCUUAUAAAAAUGUCCACUGUGAAAAAGCUCAUAUGUUUCUGUUGGUUUUUGCCCUCCUGUCAAAACUGCAUAUCAACAUUACUAGCAUACCGACUUCAGCUGUGCAAAUUUAAAUUAAACAGAAUAUACUGUAAUACUUACUCAAUUGUUAAAUUAAGUUGUGGAGAUGUAUCUGCUAACAAUUCUUAUGGACUGUUUAGUUCAAGUCUUAACAUAUUUCCACCACUGUUCUUCAUAAUCUACUCAUAUGUUAGAAUACUUGAUGUCUGUUUAAAGAAUUCAAAAGAUUUCAGAAGAAAAGCUCUGCAGACCUGCUUCCCACACAUUAUUAUUUUCAUCAGUUUCUCGGUCACCUCCUGUUUUGAAAUUAUCAAUAGCAGGUUAGAAGGAAAUGUGCCUCACAUUAUUAAUAUGAUGAUGUCAGUUGAAAAUAUGGUCAUCCCUCCUUUAAUCAAUCCUAUUAUAUAUGGACUGAAAUUACAAGAGAUUUUUACAAUAAUAAAGAAAUUAAUUUGGAAAGAGAAGACUUUUUUUAGGUUAAAAUUCUAA